AUGUGGUACAAAGAAAAAACCAAGUUGUGGCACGACAAAAACCUCCAGGUCAAGAAAUUGCAAGUUGGCCAGAAAGUUCUUUUGUUCCAAUCGAGGCUGAAGUUAAUGCCGGGAAAGUUGAAGUCUAAAUGGAUAGGACCCUACACGAUCGUUGGUCUUCGAGCUAAUGGAGCCGUGGAAAUACAGGGAAGCGCUUCUAACUCUAUACGUAUUCUUGUUAAUGGCUACAAGGUCAAAGUAUUUAGGGAUAGUUCAGAGCUGUGUGUGGUGGAAGAAAUUCCACUACGCAUGCUUUCCACUAUCGCCUAA